UUUUGCGACUGCCUUUCGGAAUAUCAUCAGCGUCCGAAGUAUUUCAGCAAACCCUAAGUGAAAUUUUUGACGCGCUUCCUGGCGUUAGAGUGUAUGUCGAUGACAUACUCGUGUGGGGCAAUUCCCAACAAGAGCACGACCAACGUCUAAGAUCAGCGCUAGAAGCGGCAGAACGUGCGGGCCUUACGUUCAAUCCAGCAAAGUGCGAGUUUGGCGUUCAACAAAUUGAAUUCCUGGGCGACGUAAUAAACGAAGAAGGAAUCCGUCCAAAUGCAUCCCAUGUUGAGUGCAUGUUGCAGAUGGCACCCCCUAGUGAUAAACUAGCAGUUCAACGCAUGCUGGGUGUCGUGAACUAUUUUGGAAAGUUUUUGCCAACACUAGCAGAAAGGACAACGCUUCUCAGAAGCUUGCUAAAAAAAGACACUGUUUUCGAAUGGUCGGCAAAUCACGAAAAAGAGUGGAGAGCGCUGUGCGACAGCCUUAGCAAGCAGCCCUUGCUAUCAGUUUUUGACCCUGAAAAAGAAACCAGGUUAUCAUGCGAUGCGUCACAAAACGGAAUCGGUGCUGCCUUGCUGCAGUAUCACAACGGUGCAUGGAAACCGGUUGCGUACGCCUCCAGAGUGCUUACUGAUACGCAGCAACGCUAUUCACAAAUUGAAAAGGAAGCAAUGGCCAUAGUUUUCGGCUGCGAGAAAUUUCACCAUUUCAUGUAUGGGCGGAAGGUUGUCGUUGAGACUGACCAUCGUCCGUUGAUCUCCAUAUCACAGAAGGCGAUCGGUGACAUGCCGCCAAGACUGCAGCGAUUUUUUUUGCGUCUGCUACGCUAUGACAUUUUAAUGCAUUAUGUUCCAGGAAAACAGCUCCUACUGGCGGACAUGCUGUCCAGGGCUUCCGUUAAGGGCGCAGCAGAUAACGCAGACAACAACAACGACGACGUCGAAGUGCACGCAGUCAACUCCACUGGAAUGCGGCUGGUCACCAGCCGAAAUAUUACAGGGACGCUCGCUGCGAACAACUCUACCAACCGUUCAGGUCGGACAAAGCCGGCGGGUUGACAAACGCCAGCAAACAGACUACUCAAGAGGGCCACUCGCACCGCUCAACAACGGCGAAACGGUCAGAAUAAAAGACAGCUCAUCAUGGAGAAGAAAGGCUCGGGUUCUUCAGUCGUCUGGUCAACCAAGGUCAUACGUUGUCAUGACUGAAGACGGGCAACUCUUGCGACGCAACCGCGAGCAUCUGCUGCCAACCAGAGAAUCUUUUCGCCUUAGCGGUCCUCCUCACGACGACGAAGGUGUUUUUCAAGAAUACGCUGCCCCUGCCAGCACACAACACGACCCAGAGGCGGCGCAAAACCCAAACAGCACAGCGAGCAUUGUGCCGACAGUUCCGCAACAAGCAGCUGCUCCAAGGACUACAAGACAACGCAGACCACCUCGGCGCUUAAUGUAUGACGCGAACUUUCAACAAGUGCCGUGACUGUAUUCAGUGCUCUGAUCUUUGCUGUAGUUUUGGAUGUGCAGUGAUUCUUUAACUUUCUUUUUGUUCUCCCGAGCUAAAAGCGCUCCUUGUCCUAAGUUUUUUUUUUUUUUUUUCGUUACGAAGGGGGAUGUAUCGUAAUCUGUAUCUAAUCUGCUCAGCAUGCAGCGCUCUGUGUUCAUGGCACGAUACGCCCCCAUGUGAUAAGGGCGUUACCCGCCUAUUCACAACGUGUAUAAAACCAGUGCUGAAUAAACGCUGGGUCUCACUUUAGCCCAGCAAGUGACACACGACGUGUCGUCGUCUGCUCCACUCGAUGCAUGCUGGACGUCUUAAGCCCAGUACUUGAAUCCCUCAACAAGAAAGAUUGCUACCCAUAUCCCAUCCUUCCGAAAAGAAGGCAGCGUCCGUCAUCCAAUGGAA